GUGGAGUAAAAGAUAACCAUUCUGCAGCAUCGCCCUCAUUGAGGAUCCUCCUGGUGGGCAAAACAGGCAGUGGGAAAAGUGCCACCGGGAACAGCAUCCUCGGCCAGCCAGUGUUUGAGUCCAACAAGGGCCAGGCUGUGACCAGGAGAUGCCAGGGGAAGACAGGCAUGUGGGGCGAGAGGAACAUCCUGGUGGUCGACACGCCCCCCAUCUUUGAGUCAAAGGCCCAGACCCAAGAGAUGUACAAGGACAUCGGGGACUGCUACCUGCUCUCCGCCCCAGGGUCCCACGUGCUGCUCCUGGUGACCCAGCUGGGGUGUUUCACGGCCCAGGACGUGGCGGUGGUGAGGAGGGUGAAGGAGGUCUUUGGGGUAGGGGUCAUGAGACACAUGGUCAUCCUCUUCACCCACAAGGAAAACCUAGUGGACGAGUCCUUGGAUGAGUAUGUGGCGAACACGGACAACCAGAGGGGCCUGGUGCUGGUGCGGGAGUGCGGGAGGAAGGAGUGCAGGAGGAGGUGCUGUGCCUUCAACAACCGGGCGGGCGAGGAGCAGCGGCGGGAACAGCUGGAGACGCUCAUGGCCGUGGUCAACGGGCUGGAUGGGGAGCACGAGGGCAGCUUCUACAGCAAUGACCUCUUCCUGGAGGCCCAGCUGCUGCAGGGACGUGGGGCCUGCGAGGAGGACUCCAGGCUGUACCUGGCCAAGGUGAGGGGGCAGCUGCGCAAGCAGGAGCGGGAGCUCGAGGAGAUGGACAGGCCCUGGGUGGUCAGGGGACGUGGGGCCUGCGAGGAGGACUCCAGGCUGUACCUGGCCAAGGUGAGGAGACAGCUGCGCAAGCAGGAGCGGGAGCUCGAGGAGAUGGACAGGCCCUGGGCGGUCAGGGCGCUCCUCAGACUCCGAGACUACAUGGCCUCUCUGUCAUAG